AUGCCACACGAUCUGCCCAGCGCUGAACUGGCGCGGCUCGAAAAGGCCGACGGAUCUGCUACUUUCUCCUAUCAGGGUUACUCUAUCAUCUCGGCUGUCAAUGGACCUAUUGAAGCUCCCCGGCGUGAUGAAAAUGCCUUUGAGGCUUUGGUUGAUGUGAAUAUUCGACCGGCUGCUGGCGUUGGGGGUACCGCUGAACGUCAGCUCGAAUCGAUAUUGCAGUCUGCUCUGCGUCACGUCAUUCCCGUCCGCGAUUUCCCCAGGAGCAUGAUCCAGGUUACGCUCCAGGUCGUUCAGACGCCAGAGAAUGCCUAUGAGAAUACCAAGGUUGUUCAGGCCCAAGCUGACCUCGCUCUGAUUCCGGCGCUGCUUCACUCUGCCAUUCUGGGACUGUUGACGGCAGCCGUGCCGCUCAAGACGAUUGCCACGGCGACACUACUUGCCGUACCAUCGUCGGGGGACGGUGCCGGUGCAGGUGCCGCCACUAUCGAUCCGGACCCGGUGCAGGCUAGCCAGGCUAAAUCCGUGCACGUUCUGGGAUUCACAUCGGACGGGGAGCUCCUCCUUGCCGAGAGCCAGGGGUCGUUCUCGCCGGACGAGUGGCGAGAGGUUUUACGGACUGGCGAGCAGGUAUGCUGCCGGAAGAAGGACACGGUCAUGAGCGACGAACCCGAGUCUACCAGUAUACAAGACUUUAUCAGGUCCGCCAUGGAGACCAAGGUGGCCAAGGAUCUUCACUGGAAAUGA